AUGGAUACAAUUCCAGCCAAUGAAGUACCUGAAUGGUACAUUGCUGAGAUUAAUCGACGUCAACAACUCUUCAGUCGCAGUAAAACAGUAUCAAUGGCUACAAUUUCAGGGUAUCAGACACACGUGUUGACUUCGACGGACUCAGAUUUCACAAAAUUUGGGGAAUCAACCCAAAUGAAAAGUCAUUUUGGGGAUCACAAUAUUGCAAUAAACAAGCCAAUGAUAAGCAAGAAUAUCGCAACAAUGGAGGAAAAAGUGGCAAUGCAUUUCUUCACGACCAUGUCAAUGGAAAACUUGAUCCAAGGGAAAACAAUAACAAUGGCAUGUCCAUUCUUACUAGAAACGCUUCAAAUGUCGAGUCCAGAGUUUGUAUGGCCAAAGAAGGAGAAAAUCAUGACACAAUUGCUUGAUCAAUGUGUUAACAAGGUUCAAGAACGAGUGGAUGGAUAUUUGAAAAGUGGAGUAGUGCCAGUGACAUUGUCCUUUGAAGCAAUAACGAUAAGGUCCGAGAUCAACGAUGUGAUUGUGCGCUAUAUGGUUCAUUUGGCCAGUUUGGAAAAGUAUCCCAUGUAUUUAGAAUCAGUCAAAGUACCAAGUAGUAGAGAACAUCAAGGUGCUGACGUUGAAUGGAGCGUGAGAGAUGUAGGAAGGAUGGUAAAGAAAUUAUCAUGUCCCGUUGCAGGGUGUGUAAUGCCCUGUUCAGUAACAGGAAGCCAGCGGAUACGAAACCUGCUCGAGGAGCGUUUUCCAGCCAUGUACUUUCAUGGAUGCUUGCGAGAUGCGUUGUGGUCGAUUGUUCGAGACAUUUUUACGGCUAGUAACACAACAGAUAGGGAGCACAGUAUUGUCGCGCCGUUCGUUCAAGAUUUACAACAAUUUGCACUGCAGUGUAAAGAUCUGGCAAUCUUCUUGCUGAACCAAGAAAAUAAAGCUCAUUUCGGCGAAGCCAUUGCGAUCAGCAGUGAAGUCAUACACGUGUCUGUGCGGCAACGCUUAACUGUCAAAGAGGCUUUUCUCGCGAUUCUUCAAGCUGAACCCUUUUUGGAUGUCGAUAAUGUGCUGAAUCAGCUCUUUCCUGCAGCUUUAAAUGGCAACACUUCGGCUGAGUCGAGUCACCGAACCAAUAUUGCACAUUUACAGACUCAGCUUGUUAAAAUACUGCGCAGUCCACAAUUUGGAGAGAAUUUACGCAAGUUUUUAGAAAUGCUACGUCCUGUGUACAGGCUACUGGAAUUAUUAGGCGAUGAUACUGAUACAACUUCGCUGCAACUCUCCGAGGUUCAUUCUUCUUUCUCAAGGCUAGCACAACAGUUUGCAUCAAGUCCGCUACUAGAUCCAGAAGAGAAGGUGGUUUUGCAACAGCUCGUCCGACAUCAUCAGGAGAACACGUUGGGCUUGGCACACCAUUUGGCCAACCUGUUAGACCCAGUAUUGUUAGGGAGAAAAUUUGCCAGUGGACACGAUGGCAAACGUGGAGCAAAAGCUAAUUAUACGGAUUUUAAGAAAUUUGCUUUGAACCAGAAAACCAACAAGGCACAGACACUCGUUUUCCGCACAUUGAAAGAGCGCGAGAAAUCCCCUUUACAAUUUUGGCUCGACGACGGUACCAAGUGGCCUCUAUUGCAAGCUAUCGCUUGCCGUAUUUUUGUUAUGCCAGUGUGCACGGCUAGUUCACGUAUCGUUUCUGAAGCAGAUGUAGCAUUACAGCUCUUUCGUGAAAAGGCAGAUUUUUUAACCAGCGAUAAACUAGCGUAUGUACGAAUCAACACACAGACACUGUCUAUGGCAGAGGAAGUUGGGAGCUCAUUGGUGACGGUGGCACAGAAGCUGCAUAGGGAAAGUAUUGCUAACGAUAUUACAGCAUCGAUGGUAGUAUGA